AUGUCUGCCGCCGCGGGUGCUCCUCCCCCCCCUCCCGGACGCGGUUCGGGCCCUCGUUAUGGCCACUAUACCGAUAAGUCGGACCGCCGUUGCGCCCUGGGCGAAUACCUGGUGGAGGGUGACUCCUCCGACGAGGAGUUCGCACCUCCUCCGGAGCGCAACGUCUACAUCCUGGUCGAGGCCCGCCCUAAGGUCGGGGCCGUACCGGGCGCUUGCGCCGUCCUGUCGCCCGAGUUUCUGGCCCUAGGCCGGGUUUGGGCUUGCACCCUGGCUCUAGCCGAGAUGGAGCCUGCUCCCGUGCGCCCCGCCUACACCCUCGCCCCCGUGCCGGGUGUUGUCUCUCCCCCCGCUGCCGCCGACAACAAUAACGACCCGAACCGCACCCUCGUCCUCGCCGCCAACGCCUUAACCCCGACUCAAGCGGGUGGCCGUUCCGGCGCUGUGCCGAGUAUGCAGCUCGGCAGUGACGUGCGCGGCCUUGCCCGCCGUCAGCAGGCGCAGGAGGGCGUCAGUGCCGAGUUGGUGGCCACUUUGGCCGAGAUGCGCCGCGAUAUCUGCGAGUUGCGCGAGUCUUGCGCUGGCGGUUCCCCCUCGGUGCGCCGUCCCGCCCCCUCUACUCCCCGCGUCGCCCGCAAUUGCAGUAGGUCGCGCUCGUCCCGCAUAGCCGACGCAACUCUAUCGCGCCGCCCCGUCGCCUCCGCCCCUCACAUCGCCCAAGUCGCCCGGCGCCUUCGUUUUAUGCCCCCGCCCCCGCCCCCCUCGGUUACGUCCCGCCCCCGCCCAAGUGCUGCAAUGGAUAGUUUCGAGACCCUCCCCGAGGAGGAUACCGAGGAGGACAAGAGUAAGGAGGAUACAAAGACCAACGAGUCUGAGUAG